AUGAAGAUGACGGUGGCGACGCUGAUGAUGGUGACGCUGAUGAUGGAGGUGGACGGAGCCGCCGUCGCCUCUCAGGUCGGUCACAACUUCUCUUUCAAAGCGCCAAAGUUUGGGCCGUUUGCGAGGAACGGAGCUGCCAGGCGGCACGUGCGCAAGUUUGGAGACAAAGUUGGAGAGGCCGGACUCGUGCGGUGGAGAGGCGGGUCCGGGCCAGCGGUGGAGGAGGAGAGGAGCACGAAGAGCGAGGAUGCUCAGGCCAAGUGCCGAGCGUCACAGCAUCUUUUGUUCCAGGUGUUCGGAGUGGAGAGGACUGCGCCACCUAGUGCUGGAUUGAGUCCUGAACUCGCCAGGAAGAGACGCUACACCGUCAACCCUCUGGGCCACAAGUGGACGCGCAACAAUCUCACCUACAGGAUCAGCAGGUUCCCCAACACCCUCAGCGUGGCCGACACCAGAAAAGCCUUUGUCAUUGCUUUCAGCAAAUGGAGCGACGUGUCCCCUUUGACCUUCACCGAGGUCAUGGACGGCCACGUGGACAUCAGCAUCGGUUUCUUCACCUUCAACCACAGCGACUGCUGGGCGUCGCCGCUGCACCCGUGUUUCGAUGGCCUGAACGGCGAACUGGCCCACGCCUUCCUGCCACCUCGAGGCGAGAUCCACUUUGACAACCACGAGUUCUGGAUCCUGGGCAAGUCCAGGUUCAGCUGGAGGCGAGGAGUCUGGCUCAACGACCUGGUGCAGGUGGCGGCUCACGAGAUCGGCCAUGUCCUGGGUCUGUGGCACUCCACAGACCCCCAGGCCCUGAUGCACCCCAACGCCACCUACACGGGCCAGCGGGACCUGGCCCAGGACGACGUCUGGGGGAUCCAGAGACUCUACGGCUGUGUGGACAAGAGGCGGGUCUGUGCCUCGUGGGCUCGGCUCGGCUUCUGCGAGAGGAGGAAGACCAUGAUGAGGAAGAACUGCGCUCAGCGCUGCCACCUCUGCUUCGAGCCUCCGGAGGCAGCGGCCACACCGACGGCGCCCCCUGCCAACGUGAAGGUGAAGCUGGUCCCUCGUGGCCGCGUGGUGGGCUUCCGCUGCGGCACCAAGAGCCCGCGCUCGCCACCCAAACUGGUUCAGAGACGGCGAGCAGAUCUCGGCGUCCGUGCCCGGCUACAUCAUCAUGAAGGACCGGGACCUUCGGAUCGUGGCCAACGAGUUCACCGAGGGCGUGUACACCUGCCGCCUCCAGCGCCGCAGCGACGUGCUCUCCGCCAACUCCUGGGCCAUCAGGCUCAAACCCGAAGGCUCCAACAGCUGAUGAAGGCGGCGCCCCCUGCAGGGCAACAUGGCUGUCACAGAAAAGUCACCCCCAUUAAAAACCUUGCCACAGUCUCUGGAGGUCAUUAAAGGUCACGGCUCUCUCACAUACAGACCAGCGACGUGACCACGGGGACCACCUGGCCGCCGCAGGUGGGCGGGGCAAUCGCG